UGCAUUUGGCUCCACCUAUCGGCUGACCACGCGCAGUGCAGUCAAUAUGGCGGCACCCAUUCUGUAUCUAGGUUUCACAUUUAGCGACGCAAUUUGACCUGAAUGAGAAAAAGCGAGUGUAUGAAAUCGAUAUUUAACGGUCGUGAUGUCCAAACUGGCCAUAGUGUUUGGAGGUUCACGUGGCAUUGGGCAAGCAGUUUCUCAGCUGCUGGCACAGAGGGGUCAUAGGGUUGUGGUGCUGUCCAGGAAUAAGGAGGCUGCACAGGCUACUGCUGAAUCUCUCCCUGGAGAAAAACAUUUGGGUCUUAGCUGUGACGUUUCUAAAGAAGAAGAUGUUCAGAGAGCAUUUGAGACCAUCAGUAAGAACUGUGGCACUGUGGGAUACCUGGUUAAUGCGGCUGGCAUCAACAGAGAUGCAUUGUUACUGAGGAGUAAAUCUGAAGACAUGCUGUCUGUUCUGCACACUAACCUACUGGGCUCAAUGCUCACGUGCAAAGGUGCUCUACGGAGCAUGCUCAGCCACGGAGGAGCUAUUGUCAACAUUGGUUCUGUGGUGGGUGUGAAGGGUAACUCCGGUCAGUGUGUGUACAGUGCCAGUAAAGCUGGACUGGAAGGAUUCACACGCUCCCUAGCAAAAGAAGUUGCUACCCGAAAUAUACGAGUAAACUUGGUGGCUCCAGGAUUCAUUCAGACGGACAUGACGGAAGGGCUGGAGAAGGAAGAAGCAGUGAGGAGAAUUCCACUGGGCCGUUUUGGGGAACCUGCAGAGGCGGCCCAGGCUGUCCUUUUCCUCCUGGAGUCCCCUUACAUCACAGGACAGGUUCUGCUCGUGGAUGGAGGACUACAACUGGCAUUGUAAUGAUACCUGCCAGCUGACUGUCACAAUGCAUGACAAGUGCAUGACAAGUGUCAAAAUGCAUAUUUUUGUUUUGCUGAUAAAACACAAUGGGUCUCA